UCUGGCUCACCGUUUUUUACCGUUGCUCAUUCGUAUCUCGACUUUCAGACAGAGCGCACGUCCGUUUGUUGGUUCGUUCGACGGUUCGUUCGUUCGUGUGUGUGUGUGUUUAUUUCUUUGCGUUGUUAUUAACUUUUAUAUUUACUACGUCUACGUUCCUCGUAUAUAUGUAUGUUUGUACAUACAAAUAUGUACUAGUACAUCUCUAUAUUGUAUGGGUCGGUUAUAUUUAGUUCUCUACAAUUUACGCGCUGAUAUUUCAAUUCGCCACGCUGCUGCCACCUGUACAGCGUUCGUAUAGUGUCUUCUGCCGCGGGCCCCUCUCCAACAGCAAUCACAGCAACAAAAACGACAACAACAACAGCAACAAUCAUAAUAAUUGAAAACGCUGUCAAUGCCGGCUGCAUUCAAAGUCGCGUUUUGUGUACGUGUAUCUGUAUCUCUAACUUGAAUUCGUGCAAAAAGCGCCAUCGACAGCGGCAGCAGCAGUAGCAGCAGCAGAGGCCACCAAAUUACUCCAAAAUUGUUUCAUAAACGUAUCUUUUUACAAAACAGCCGUAACAACAACAACAAGAAGAACAGCGGUAACCAAAACAAGUAAAAUAGAGUGUAUUAUCAGUUACCUUGGCGAAUGAAAAUUUGUGCCAGACAACAGCAGAGCAGCCGCGUCGCCGUCAACGUUGACGUUGUGUGUUUACAUGUGUGCUGGCAGCAUGGACUCGGCCGCCAUGGCCAUUGCUGUGGGCAGCAACUCGGGCCCCGGUAGCAGCAGCAGCGCCAGCAGCGGCUAUGGCAGUGCCACGACCACGCCCACAACCCCGCUGAGCUCCGGCAGCCAUUACGAGGGUACGCCAACGCCAAUGGCCACCAUUGCGACCGUGGCGCCCUUCUACAGCGAAGCAUUGACCAGCCUGGAUGCGCAGCAGCGACAGCAGCAGCAACACCAGCAGCACCAGCAGCAACAACAGCAGCAGCAGCAGACGCACUUUUAUCAUCAGAACUAUAACUAUGCUGGCAUGGAGGCGUACAACUACAGUGCGUACAACUAUAGUGCGCCAGUUGUGCCGCCCAGUGGCUAUCAGAAGCUGGCGGCUGUCAAGUACAACAACAGUAACGGCAGCAGCAGCACAAGCAACAGCAGUGGCGGCAACAACAACAUCAGCAACAUAAGCAACAAUAACAUCAGCAGCAGCAGCAGCAAUAUUAUGAGCAGCAGCAAGCCGCAGGCGGCAGCCACGCCCUUUUAUGCACAGCCUCAAAGCAUGUCGAUGUCGAUGUCCAUGUCGAUGCCCAUGACAGCUGGCGGCUAUAUGAGCCAAGCGAAUCCCUAUGAAGCGUACAAGUACAAAAUGCCGACACAGCUCCACACACAGCAACAGCAACAGCAGCAGCAGCAGCAGCAACAACAGCAGCAACUACAGCAGCAACAGCAGCAUCAGCAGCAGCAGCAACAGCUGCAGUCAACGCAGCAAUAUCACAAUUUGAGCCUGGCUCAGAAGCAAAACCAACACCAGCAGCAGCAACAGAUGCCGACACAGCAGCAACAGAUGUCGACACAGCAGCAGCAGCAGCAACAGCAACAGCAACAGCAGCAGCAACAGCAAUUACAGCAACAGCUGCCGCCGCUGGAGCCCAACUAUGCUGCAAUCAAGCCAAGCAGUCGCUAUCAGAAUAUGCCGCCAUCUCUGUACGGCAGUCCAGGUGCGGCAGGAUCGGGUGCUGCUCCCACGACUGCCCAGUUGCCCGGGUCGUACUAUGACAAGUAUGCCAUGUCUCUCUACUCGCCGAACGGCGGCUUGAGCUUUGGCGCACCGGCGCCGCUCUACAGUCCGCCGGAGCUGGGCGCCGAGUCGGCCUAUCGCAAGUCCAGCCACUGGAACGUUGACUACAAUGCGGCCAAUUGUCGCACCAUAUCGGGCAACAGCAGCGCCUAUCAUCAUGCCGUGGCGAAUGCUCCACCCCCACCUGCACAUCCACAUCCACAUCCGCCCAAUGCCAGCAGUAGCGACUUGUACUACAAGUACGACAAGUACGCGUCGUCGCAGCCAACGGCUCCUUAUGCGGCCGCCAAUCCCUAUCAGGCAAACAUCACACAGCCCUAUGCUGCACGCGGCAUCUGGCCACCCAAUCCUGUGGAGAAUCCGCUGUCCAACAGCAGGCAAAACUGCUGCACUCAGCCGUAUCCACAGCAGAGCUGUUACUAUCCACGCAGCAACGGCUACGGCUCGCAGCCAUCGCAAUAUGGCGGCGCCCAGGCCAGCAGCCACAAGCUCAAGCAUCCGACUGAUCUCUAUGGCUCCUAUGAGCCACUGCCGCCCGCCCAGCUGGGCUAUGGCUAUGCGCAGCCAGGCGCUGCGGGCGCACCACCGAACCCAGCGGCGCCCGCCAGCAGCAGCCAGCGCUAUGUGCCGCCACUGGGCCUCAACAUGGGCCUCAGCAUGGGCGUGGGCGUGGGCGUGGGCAUGGAGGCUAAUGUAAGCAGCGCCUACUACAAUGAUCUCAGCAGCAUGGAUGGCUAUGGGCCGGUGCCAGUGCCCGGCCAGCAGUCGCAUCGGUCUCAGCCUUACCAAAGCGCCAGCUCCUUGGAGUACACGUACAGGAAGCGGGCACCACCAACGGCCAGUGGCUGCUAUUUGUCGGCAGGUGGCGCGCCGCCGCCGCCGCUGGGCAACCUGGAGGCUCACGUGGACAGCUUUGUGGGCUACGACCUGCAUGCAUCUGCGCCGGCACAUUAUCCAGCGCAGCAUCAGAAGCAGCAGGCGCAGUCGCAGUCAGAGUCGCUGGCGCAACCACUGGCACCACCCAGCUCGAAUAGCUCCAAUAUACGCGACUUUCUGUCCAGCUGGAACGACGACGAAGAGGAUCAGUCGGCGCCGCAGCCAGCACGCUUGGAAACCGAACUGCAGCAGCCAACGGUGGCUGUGGUGGCGCCCGUUGCACCACCCAACCACUCGAGCUUCAUGUACGAAACGCUGCCGCCGACGGGUCCGGUGGCCACGGCCGUCCUGGACGCCCAGGCGAACGAGUUGCCCCAGUGUCCGUCGAUGAAUUUGCCGGACAUCAUUAUCGAUCACCACCACGAGAAGUCAGCGCUGGCGCAGUCCAGUGUGGCGCAUGUGGAGGAUUCUUUCGGCAGCUUCGAUGUGGAAAAGGAGCUGGAUGAGCUGCGUCUUAAGAAAUGCGGCGUGGAUGCCAACGAGUCCCAGCCCAGCGAUACAGACGCCCUGGCCGAGAUGCUGCGAGAGCCGGUGGUAUCGCAACCGGAGGAGUCACUCGUUUUGCCCCUGCCACUGCCGCUGUCCAGCCAACUGCUGUCGGACCCAUCGCCAAUUGAGUUUGAUCCGAGCAACAGCAACUCAAAUGAGUCCACGUUCGCGAAGGAGUACGAGACGUUCAUAAACAAAAACGAGGGCAGCGACAGCGAUCCGGAUCCGAAUGGCCAGCUCAACAGCGAGUAUCCGGAUCACGCCAAUCGCUUCAAGUUCUACAAGCGCAAGCGUAAGACCACGGAUCCAGCAGAGGAGGCGACGACGGAGGCAGCAGUCAUAGAGAGCACAACGGCAAGUGCUGCUCCAGGUGCUAUCUUAGAUGAUGCUACAGUUGCUGUACCAGCUCCGGAGUCAGCUCAGUCUCCGGUUUCUGCCCCUGCUUUCUCAGCGGCUGCUGCUCCUCCUUCUCCUGCUCCUACUCCUGCUCCUGCUCCGCUUGCGCCCAAAGCAGCGGCACGUGCCAGCCGCAAGCGCUUAGCGCGCCGUCGUCGCAAUCGCAUCAAGAUGCUAAAGAUCCUAGAGUUUGAGAGUCCCAAGAUCAAGCAUCGCUUCUAUUUCCGUACGCUGAAGCUGCUGCGCCGCCGAUUCGCUUUGGCUCGGCUGCGGCAGCAGCGUCUCGAGCGCAUUCGUCGCCAUUUGGCACUCAGCAAGGAGCGUCGCCUGCCGCUGAUCAAGCGCGAGUCGGCUAAGCAAUACAAGGCUCUGAUCACCACGGAGGCUAUCUCGGCUCGGGAGACGGUCAUCAAGAGUGGCUAUGCGCUGCGAGAGAAUCAGGUGCACCAUGAGCUGGAGCAUAUGAGUGGAGAGUCAGAUCAAACGGUACACUCCGUGGAGCUGUUGGGCAGCUUCAAGGGCUUCGAUGAUGUGGAGAAUACGAAUCUAUCGCCGAGGGCCAAGCUGCAUGCCGAAACAGAAGUGCAAGAGGAAAAGCCAAUCAAAGCUGCUGAGGAGACGCCCACAAGUAUGGAGGCCAAGCAGCUGGAAAUACAGCGCUGGCUAGACCACAGCAUGGAGGAGCAUCCGGCUGCAAUUGAGUCCACUGAAGCCACUGCAGCCACCGUCAUCUGCUUGAGCUCAUCCUCCUCUUCGUCGUCGUCCUCCUCCUCCUCUUCCUCCUCGUCAGCAUCAUCCUCCGCCAGUUCAACUAGCUCGUCAUCUAGCUCCUCGUCGAGCAGCUCCAGCGGGCAGAGCGAGAAAAACGCAUCAAAUUCGAGCAACAACAGCUGCUCUGGCGAGGAGAGCGACUUCAAUGAGAUGGCUGCACUGGAGAAGGAGCUCUCGCUAACCGCCUUGCCAAAGCCAGCGACGGAUCUGCAGAGCAGCGAGAGCCUGAUGCAGGCGUCCAACAAUGACAUAGCAAAGCUUAAGCAGAUACUCGAGAGCGAUGGCGAUGAUGAGGAGCAGCAGCAGCAGCAGCUGGCUAACAACGUACCAAAGCUAAGUGACCUUAGUAAAAUUGCCUUAAAUAGUUCCUUAAAAUCUAGUGACAUAGUCAAAGAUGCCGUCGAGGCAGCCACUGAGGCGCCGCAGCCACAGCAGCACCGUGAACUCAGCGUCGAGGAGGCGCUGGCCGAGAUGUAUCAGCAGAUAGGCGUGGCCUCCGAUGCCGAGGACAAUGAAACGGAAGCGGAUGCCAAGCAGCUGAUUGACGCCGCUGCCGGCUCUGGCCAGGAUGUGCUGUUGAUCAAUCUGGCCGAGAUUUUCGACAAUAGCAGCAGCGAUCUCUACGUGGUGCAGUGCGACAUGAAUGAGAACAUCCUGGGCGUGGUCGAGUCGGAUGAUCUCGAGCAACAGCAGCCGCCAGCAGUAGCAGGAGCGGGAGCAGGAGCAGCAGCAGCAGCAGCAGCAGCUGUUGCUGAGCAGACAAAUACGCAACAGCUGAUCGAACUGCUAGCCGAACCGGAAUCGGAUCACUUUGACGCCACGCCCCUCAUCCAUCAUGAGGAGGUGGUGCCGGAUAGCUGCAGCAAGCUGAGCGCCCGACGUGAGUUCCUCAAGUAUCUGCACGGCAAAUAUGUGCAGAACAAUGUCAGUCGCUACGAUCAUGGUCAGCGUGUGCUGCGCAAGUACAAGCGGCGACUCCUGCUGCAGCAGAAGCAGCAGCAUCAGCAGCAGCAGCAGCAGCAGCGGCGGCGGCAAUCAACACAUGGCACGCCCACAGCGCGUAAGCAUUAACCAAAGAUGGCUGCAACAAAAGAGUGUGAAGGCUUUCCAUUUCCAGCUCAGUUGCUGGCAGGGGGUGGUAAUCGUUGUCGCUCUAGCGUGAAAAAUCAACAUGACGUGCCUAAUGGAUUAGAAAUUUAAAUUCAAAUUAUUCACCCACAUACACAUAGAGACAGAUUUACACCUACACACACACACAUACAUCUACUACACCCACACAUUUGGUGAAUCUCAAAAGACUUGUUUAUAUAAAAUCAAUUUUUUUGGCAUUUGUUUAGUACAUACCGUAGUAGAUAUACUAAAUCUAAUUAAUCUAUAUAAUUCUUCUUAUUUUUUUUGUAUAUAUUUAAAGCAUAGCAAAGGCUUC